GGGUUAGAGCUGUCACAUGGGACACUUCCGUCUAUCCUUUUAGCUAAGACGCAAGCACAGCCUGCUGCAGCGGUAGCUGCUGCGGGGAUCCUCGUGAUCCUUCCGGUCGGGACAGCCAAUCCGUGCAUAGAGAACCGGAGUGGACCGAGAGGACCGAAGGUGCUCUGAGAGCCACCGCCGCCGCCACUGCUGCGGCAGGGGCGUGGAGGGCCGGAGCGGCCUAGUCCGUGGUUGCAAACAUGGCUCAGAACAGAGACGGCGGGAACCCGUUCGCCGAGUCCGGCGAGCUUGAUAACCCCUUUCAGGACCCUGCUGUGAUCCAGCAUCGACCCAGCGCGCAGUAUGCCACGCUUGACGUCUACAACCCUUUUGAGAGCCAGGAGCCACCACCGGCCUAUGAGCCUCCUGCCCCUGCCUCAUUGCCUCCACCCUCAGCUCCCUCCUUGCAGCCAUCAAGAAAGCUCAGCCCCACGGAACCCAAGAACUAUGGGUCCUACAGCACUCAGGCCUCAGCUGCAGUAGCCACAGCUGAGCUGCUGAAAAAGCAGGAGGAGCUAAAUCGGAAGGCAGAGGAGUUGGACCGGAGGGAGCGAGAGCUGCAGCAUGCUGCCCUGGGGGGCCCAGCAACUCGACAGAACAAUUGGCCCCCACUACCGUCUUUUUGCCCAGUCCAGCCCUGCUUUUAUCAGGACAUCUCCAUGGAGAUCCCCCAAGAAUUUCAGAAGACAGUAUCCACCAUGUACUACCUCUGGAUGUGCAGCACCUCGGCCCUUCUCCUGAACUUCCUCGCCUGCCUAGCCAGCUUCUGUGUGGAGACCAGCAGUGGCUCAGGUUUUGGGCUUUCCAUUCUCUGGAUCCUCCUUUUCACUCCCUGCUCCUUUGUUUGCUGGUAUCGCCCCAUGUACAAGGCUUUCCGGAGUGACAGUUCAUUCAAUUUCUUCAUUUUCUUCUUCAUUUUCUUCGUCCAGGAUGUACUCUUUGUGCUCCAGGCCAUUGGAAUCCCUGGUUGGGGGUUCAGUGGCUGGGUCUCGGCUCUGGUUGUGCUGAAAACCAAUGCGGCUGUAGCAGUACUCAUGCUGCUGGUUGCUUUGCUCUUCACCGGCAUCGCUGUACUGGGAAUUGUGAUGCUAAAGCGGAUCCACUCCCUGUAUCGCCGCACAGGUGCCAGCUUUCAGAAGGCCCAGCAAGAAUUUGCUGCUGGUGUCUUCUCCAACCCUGCGGUGCGAACUGCAGCUGCCAAUGCAGCCGCUGGGGCUGCCAAAAAUGCCUUCCGGGCCCCAUGACCCCUAGCUGGGAUCCCUGGCGUUGCCACUUGGGGGAGUUGAUGUAGCCCCCAUCCCUGGGGUCUCUGGGACUUGGAGAGGCAUCACUACUUGAUGUCCCCUCUCUAGUGCCCGAGUCCCACAUCUAUGACUGCUGAGUCUGAUUCAAGGGUGCAGGGAGCCCACUGUGACCCAGUCACACCCCCUCACCCCCCACCAAUCAGGCCACACUGCUGCCACCUCUCACAGUACCCAUACCCCAGCUUCCCUCUGCUGUGCCAAGGCUGUUGCUUCGGUUCUUUAAAUAAAAAGGAAACAGAACUGGAACU